AAUGUUUUGAAAAACCCAAGAACGGAGCUCACUGAAACUUGAUUGAUUGAAGCAAGAGCACCCCGUUUUCCCUCUUUUGGCUUACCUCCCCUCUCGCUCUCUCUCCCUCCCACCAUUCUCCCCUCAAUCCCAAGACCUCUUUGUUUCUCCUUGACAUAUCCCUCUUUCAUUUCUUUUUUUUUUUUUCUAUUGCGUGCUGGAUCUCUUCCUUGAGCAUCAAUCCCCUUGUGUUUUUGUAUAUUUCUCUCGUUUCUUCUCAGAUUGGUUCUUUUCAAUUAGAAAAAUAAUUGAUGGGUAUCUCUUAUUUUUGCACAUCGAUGUCCCAUUAACAAGCAUAGCUUGUUUCUCCCAUUUUUUGAGCACCCAAGAAAGGCAUCAUCUCUAUCUGAUUCGCCGCUUGUUUUCAGGAUUGGAGAUCCCUAAAGAGGUUAGAUGGUUACCACAUUCUCCAUUUUCCCGUCUCUUGUUCAUCUUGGAUUUCAUACUCUAGAUGGCCUAUGCUUGUAGAUGGGUUUGUUCAGUUUUGCAUUUGGCUCCGAAGAUAUAGGCUAGGCUCUAUCAUGAGUAUUUUCUUCGUAAACCCUAGAGGGGGAGCGCUUUGGUUGAGCUUGUUCAUCUUGUACUUGAUAAAGAUUCAGAGCAACAAAAACCCCCCAAAUAUGUGCAUGUCAAAGGACUAGUAUAAUGUUCACUGCUGCAGCAAUCGUCGCUUGAUUCCAAAGGCAAUGGGAAACGGAAUCGGUUGCCUCGUCCCGACUGGAAAUGGCAAGGGUGGGGUUGAUAUAGAAUUCCUGGAGCCAUUGGAUGAGGGGUUGGGCCACUCCUUCUGCUAUGUCAGGCCCGUGAUCGACUCUCCGGCAAUAACGCCGUCGAAUUCCGAGAGGUUCACCAUUGAUUCCAGUAUGAUAGAUUCUGAAAACCAUUCGGGUUCAUUUAGACAAGAGGCUGUGGAAGAGCCAGGAUUACAGAGACCCCACAAGAGCAUAGCUGAAACUACCUUUAGGACCAUAUCUGGUGCAUCUGUUAGCGCUAAUGCGCCGAGUACCCGCACCGUUACAGCAUACGAUCAGUGCAGCUUGUUUGCUGGCGAACCGCAAGAUCGUGCAGCUUCGUUCGAAGGUACUGCUUCUUUUACUGCACUUCCCCUACAACCUGUGCCUAGGGGAUCGGGACCUCUGAAUGGAUUCAUGUCAGGGCCGUUGGAGAGAGGCUUCACCUCGGGGCCUCUUGAAAGGGGUGCUGGGUUCAUGUCCGGGCCAAUUGAGAAGGGUAUGUUCCUCUCCGGGCCGCUUGAGAGCACCGAUAAAUCCAAUUUCUCCGCACCACUUGCAUUUGGGCAGAGGAAGGCUACUCUUAGGAGACUGAUGAGGAGCAUGAGCAAGCCCAUGCGAAGUGCGCUUUCCCGGACGUUUUCUAAACAUUCAGGGUCCAGUUGGGUGCAUCGCUUGCUGUUGCACCCAGCUAGUCGAUUCGUUUGGCAAUCCAAGGAGGCAAAAUUUCGAACUGAGGAGCCAAGAAACUGUUUCGAUGCUGCGGCAAUGUCUGGGACGGCAACAUCUGUUGGGGAGCACAGCGAUGGCCGCAAUCUCCAAUGGGCUCAUGGUAAGGCAGGCGAGGACCGAGUCCAUGUUGUCCUGUCGGAAGAGCAUGGCUGGCUGUUUGUUGGAAUCUAUGAUGGUUUUAAUGGUCCUGAUGCUCCUGAUUUUCUGAUGAGUAAUCUUUACAGGGCAAUUGAUAAAGAACUGGAAGGAUUGCUUUGGGAUUAUGAUAAUCACCCUAGUCCCAAUCCACUUGAAUGUGAUUAUCUGAGUAGGCCUCAUGAAGGUCUCGCUGAUAUGCCAGAGAGCAGAAAUGAAGAACCUCUUUCUCAAUUGUGUGAACUGGAUUCGCGUGAUAGGUUAGAAACUGGUGAUGCUGAAGCAGCUGCUAGUAGCUCUCUACCAACUUCAAGUGCAAGAAGUAAUGACUUGCUUAAAACUGCUGCUGAUUCUGACGAUGGUAGAACUUGUACCACGGACAUUUCAAAUGCAGAGUCUGCCAAGGUUCCAGAAAGUGUGCAAGAUUUGGAGAGGAUGGUAACUGAUGGCACUACGGUGCAGGAUAACUCUCCUACAUCUGCGUCAAAGUUGGCCGGGCAGGGAAGGAGGAGCAGGCGUCUCUAUGAAUUAUUCAAGAUGGAGGAUGCUGAUUUGCAUAGCUCAUCCUUAGAAAGGGACAUUGAUGUGCAGAGAGUUGAUUCUCUUGAGAUACACCCUAACGCAUGUAAAGAUGACAUACAGUCUAGAGAAAAUUUGUCAGUGGUACAUACACUAUCAUGUUCAGCGAGCGGUAAAGGGGAUAGCUUUAGCAGUCUAAGGAGUGACACAAAUUCAAUGGCUGGUGCAGGGCCAGUUUCAAAGGAAUCAAAUGACAAUGCCAGAGUUCCAUCCUCUGUCACUGGGACCAAGUCCAAUGUAGCAGGAUCUCUGAUUGGUUCUAAGCUUAGAAAAAUGUACAGGAAACAGAAAUCUUUGCGUAAGAAAUUGUUUCCCUGGAGUUAUGAUUGGCACAGGGAACAGGCUGAUGAUGCACCCAGAAAGGUGAUAGACUCACUUGCACAACCUAGGAGGUGCAAGGCAGGAACUGUAGAUCAUGCAGCUGUUUUAAAAGCUCUGUCACGAGCACUUGAAGUCACAGAAGAGGCCUACAUGGAAAUGGUAGAUAAAGUGCUUGACAAGAACCCUGAACUUGGUUUGAUGGGUUCUUGUGUCCUUGUGAUGCUAAUGAAGGAUCAAGACGUUUAUGUCAUGAACCUAGGUGAUAGUCGUGCUAUCCUUGCACAGGAGAGAUUAAAUGAUCACCUUGGGAAAGACGAUGUUAGGCGUAGGAUGCGGUGCAGGGAUCCUGUUGUCCGCAUGGAGCUAGACAGAAUAUCUGAGGAGUCCCCUAUACAUAACCAGAAUAGCCAAUGUACUAAAAUUAACAAAAACAGGGAGAUAUCACUCUGCAGACUAAAGAUGAGAGCAUUUCAGCUGUCCACAGACCACAGCACAAGCGUGGAGGAGGAAGUUUUGAGGAUAAGGAAGGAACAUCCUGAUGAUGACCAAUCUAUUUUAAAUGGUAGAGUGAAAGGGCAGUUGAAAGUUUCUCGAGCGUUUGGUGCAGGUUUUCUGAAGAAGGCAAAGUGGAAUGAAGCUCUGUUGGAGAUGUUUCGUAUUGAUUACAUUGGAAAUUCUCCCUAUCUCAGUUGCAUCCCAUCUGUCGCUCAUCAUCGGCUAUGCUCCAAUGAUCGAUUUCUGGUCUUGUCUUCAGAUGGCUUAUACCAGUACUUCAGUAAUGAGGAAGUAGUAUCACACGUUGAGUGGUUCCUGGAGAAUGUUCCUGAAGGUGAUCCUGCACAGUACCUCAUCACCGAGCUGCUGCUUCGUGCUGCAAAGAAAAAUGGGAUGGAUUUUCAUGAGCUGCUGGACAUUCCUCACGGUGAUCGGAGGAAGUAUCACGAUGAUGUUUCUGUCAUGGUGGUUUCCCUUGAAGGAAGAAUUUGGAGAUCAUCAGGCUAAUUUUUUUAUUUUUAUUUUUUUUCCUUGUAGCAAGUUCCAAAGAAAAGCAUUUCUCUCUCUCUCUCUC